GCCUUUGUUUGGCUCUUAGGGACUGACAAAAGAGCCGGUGGGGAAUGUGCAUCAUCCUUACAUAAAGUCUGAUCUACUAAGCUGCUUUUGGCUGUUUUUUUUUUUUUUUUUUCCAGCACCGGCAAUAGGAGAGCUGUCGUCACCUCAGCAUGGGACCGGGAAGUGGAUUUUGCAUCACAGGGUCUGGGCUGUUUCAGCUCUGGGUCUGCAGAUCCACCUGCACCGGAGGGACGCCCCUUUCCCCCAAAGCAUCCCGCAGGGACGGGUCCUCACGGUGGGGUCUGCAGAGAUGCACUCGAGGCACCCCAACCUCCCCACAUUCCCAGCGACACGUUCCCAGCGGGCCGGGGGUGCUCCCCAACACCCUGAUACUCAGAAUCCAACACCGGAGCCCCCCAGCACCCCGCUACUAGGAACGGAUAUAGGACCCGCCCCCCCCCCAGGCACUGAUACCGGACACCGGCCCCCCAGGGCGCACCGCGACGCCCCACGCCGGACCAGCCCGGGUCCCCCCACGCCGUUCCAGCACCGCCCCCGGGUGCCGCCGGCUCCGUUACGAAACGCGGCCGGGGCGGGGCGGCGCGGCGGCGGCGGCAGCCAAUGGCGAUCCCGGCGGCCCUCGGUUCGGCGUGGGGGGGGUCGUACCGCGGAGCUCCGGCACCGCAGCGCUCCGCCGGGCGCCCCAGGGCAGAACGGGCUGAGCCCCGGGUAUGCGGCCCCGAGGAGAUCUCCGCGCUCGGAGGCUGCGGCCAUGAGCAGCGACCCCUCCUCCUCAUCCUCCCCACCCCGGGUGGGCAGCCCCAUCCCUCAGUGCACCGGGAGUGCGGAGCUGCUGCGCUGCCCGUCCUGCCGCCUCCCCCUCUGGGAGCCGGUGACCGUGUCGUGCGGGCACUCCUUCUGCAAGCCGUGCCUCGGCGGGGCCGUGCCCUCCCGCUGCUCCGUGUGCCACCGCCGGCUGAAGCUGUUGGGCGUCGAGGCGGUGAGGUGUAACGUGGUGCUCUGUAACCUGCUGGAGAAGUGCGAGGAGAGGGAGAGCCGCUCGGCCAGGCUGGCAGCAUGCAUCCGGAGUCGUCUCGCCCGUGGGGACCUGCAGGAUGCUCUGAGGAUGGCCCAGAAGGGCAUCGAGAUGGCCCCAGAGGACAAAUCCCUGCGUCUGUGCCGGGCAGAGGCCUUGGCAGCCCUGAGGCGGUAUCCAGAGGCACUGCAGGACCUGGAGGCUGUUUGCAGGGCUGAGCCCAUGGAGUGUGAGGGCUUCUACAGGAAAGGGAAGGUGCUCCUGGAGAUGGGACGGAGAGCCGAAGCCCUGCUGGCAUGGGAGCACUGCCUGGUGCUCAGUCCCCACUUCCAGCCCGUGCAGAGAGAGAUGGAGAAGGUCCUCACAUGGGAGGAUGCUCCUCAGCCGUGUGCUGCCCAGCAGGGCUCAACGGGUCAUCAGGAAGAGCAGGAUGAAGGGGGCCCUGCAUCCUCCUCUACACAAGCUCAGGAGGAGGAGCUGGAGGCUGGUGGAGGGGAUGCAGUGUCUGAGCACGGCCAGGGGACACCUGUGGGACCACGGCAAGCACCGGGGGCUGCGGCACAGAGGGAGGCCAGGCAGGAAGCUAAUGAAGAGGAAACAGCAGCAACGGAUAACCUGCUGCCCCUUGAGGAACUGCUGAGCAUUUCUGACUUGGAGUGCUCCCUCUGCAUCCGGAUGUUCUUUGAGCCGGUGACGACGCCAUGUGGACACACCUUCUGCAAGGAGUGCCUGGAGCGCUGCCUGGACCACCGACCCAACUGCCCACUCUGCAAGCAGAGCCUGCGAGAGUACCUGAAGGCGGGGAGCUACAGCCCCACGGUGCUGCUGCAGGACAUCAUGCUGGCUGCCUUCCCUGCACAGCUGGCUGAGCGCCGGGAACUGCACCGGGCUGAGAUGGCUGAGCUCUCCAACCUGACCACGAACAUCCCCAUCUUUGUGUGCACGAUGUCCUUCCCUGGUGUCGCCUGCCCUCUGCACAUCUUCGAGCCCCGCUACCGCCUGAUGAUCCGGCGGUGCCAGGAGACCGGCACCAGGAGGUUCGGCAUGUGCAUAUAUGAGAAUGGGAAAAGCUUUGCAGACUAUGGCUGCAUGCUGGAGAUCCGGCAGCUGGAGCUGCUGGCAGACGGCAGGUCGCUGGUGGACACCAUCGGUGGGCGCCGAUUCCGGGUGCUGAGACGUGGACACAGAGAUGGCUACAACACAGCUGACAUUGAGUACCUGGAGGACAAGAAGGUGGCUGGGGAGGAGCUGCAGGAGCUGCAAAGCCUGCAUGAAAGCACCUACCAGCUGGCCCAGAGGUUUUGGGAGCAUGGGGACGUUGCCUCCAGGCACCUCUUGUUGCAGCAUGGAUCACUACCAGAGAAGGAAGAGGACAUCCAGGCUUCAGCUGACGGCCCAACCUGGUGCUGGUGGCUGAUCUCCAUCCUGCCCCUUGACCCAUCCUUCCAGCUCAGGCUCUUCUCCAGCACUUCACUGCACGCCCGCCUGGCCCAGCUGCAACGCGUCCUCCUGGCUCUGCUGCAGCCCUCACCUGAGCACAGCCUGCAGGGCUUCGUCUGAUCCUCCAAUCUCUUUGCAUGGGAGAAUGCAGCUCCUUGGGUUUCUUCAUGCAUUUCUUUGUGGUUUGAGUCCUACCCAAAGCAACCUUAGUGAGGUCAGUGCUGCUGUCAGCAGUGACUCAGUGCCGUCCCUGCUGGUCCCAUACGCUGCUUGGUGACACCAGAGUGACAUGGACUUGCCAUACCACAAGAGGGGACCAUGCCAGAAAGGUGGGUUGUGCCUUUAGAAGCCAAAAUCCCUUGCUGAGCUGCUUUGGCACUAAAGGAGGACUGUCCUUAGGGCAGAGGGCUGAGUGCUGGGGCUCUGUCUCUCUGAAAGACAAGGUAGGGCUUUGGGUAGUGGUUCCACUCUGUGUGACAGGAGGUAUGAAGUAAUGGGAAGUGUGGCACCAGGAGGCCCUGUUGGCUUUCUCCAACCUCAGGAGCUGAAAGCUCAGCCUCUGGGUGAGAGUUUGGCCUAAUUUCCAAUGAGAACAAAAAGAAAAGUUGAAUUAAAUGAUCUGUAAUUCACGAUUCUAUCCCCUCAGCCAGGCAGCAGGGGUCUGGGUACUCACCAAUACCAUGGGUGUGGGGCCAGGAUGGGUGGGCUCCAAGAUGCUGAUGGGAGAAUGAAGCCCAGCAGUGAUUUCUCUGACUUUCUGCCACUCGAGGAGUGUGAUUUCAUCAUGUUCAGCAUUUCUUUGUGAACUUUCUGCUUCCUUAGAGUAAAGGAGCUGAGGCUGGAUCCUUGAAUGUAGGAUUUGGGCCAGCUUAGAGUCUCCUGAACCAGCACUCACUGAAGUUGAAGGGAAGCAGGGGCUGAUGCUGUGAACCCUGUGCAGGGGAGCAAGUGCCUGUCUGCAAGUGCCUGACUGUUGCUUGUUUCCAAAUAGAGGGAAAAAAUCACUCCCCCUCCCCAGGCAGGGAAGGCUUUGCUCUGGGGGAACCCUGAAGUUUUGGGAUUUUUAUGUCCCGUUCGUAAUUGCAGGGGCUUUAGGUGAAGUUUAGGAUUAAUAUCCACCGAGUGAGUCAAGGGAUUAACAUUUCUUUCAACGCCUUAUCCCUGCUUACACACUGCCUGGGAGCUGCUACAUGGCACGGUGAGGGGGUGGGUUGGGGCUGCAGGGAUCCUCCCUGCACAUCACUCCCCGUAUCCUUGUGUGAUGGUUCCGUGGCUCUGUGUGCGGGUGGUGGAGCAGUACCGGCUUUUGAGAAGUGCCUUUCUUUUCUGCAGGGUGGCUGGAGCCACCCCACGACCACCAUGGGUCCCUCUAUGGGUUUUGUCUAUGGCUGCAAUGGGCACUGGAGCCACAUCUGCAUGGCGUGCUGCAGGAAGGGACUCGUGCAAACUGCUCCAGUUCGCUUAGAGUGCCUCGGGGAUUGUGUUAGUGUCCUCGCUUUGAAUUAGUUUUUCUUCAUCGUCGUUGGAAUAAAGACUUUGCUGUUGUUUUGUUGGUGA